CCUCAUCAGUGCCACAUCAAUGCCACAUAUCAGUGCCUACCAGUGCACAUCAAUGCCACAUAUCAGUGCCCAGCUGCCUUUCAGUGCCACCUAUCAAUGCCAAUCAGUGCCACCUACCAGUGUUGCCAAUCAGUGCCGCCUAUCAGCGCGCAUCAGUCGCCACCUAACGCUACGUUCACACUAGCCUUGUGUGCAGGCGGCAGAGAGAGGCAGUGCCGCCCAUCAGUGCCAGUCAGUGCCGCCUAUCAGUGCCAUGUAUCAGUGCUGCCUUUCAGUGCCCAUCAAUGAUGCCUGUCAAUGCCCAUCAGUGCCACCUACCAGUGCCUCCUCAUCAGUGCCACCUAUCAAUGUCCAUCAGUGCAGCCUAUCAGUGCCCACCACUGCAGACUCAUUAG